AUGGAUGCAUUUAUGAAGGACCAUAAUGUGAGCCGAGCCAGCAACCUCGUUCGCCAAUGCGCGAGUGACCUCCCCUCGGCAACGGGCAGAUACCUCUUAGAGAAAGUCCCAGCAGUACAAUGGCUGCCGAGAUACGCACCGCGAUGGAUCGUCAAUGAUUCGAUCGCGGGCUUGACCGUUGGGGUCGUCCUCGUGCCGCAAGCGUUGGCAUAUGCAAAGAUUGCGGGUAUCCCUCUGCAGGACGGGCUGCUGGCUGCGUGGUUGCCGUCUAUCCUAUACUUCAUCAUGGGAACUUCAAAAGAUGCCAAUACCGGACCAACAUCAAUCAUCGGCCUUCUCACGGCUCAGAUCAUCAAGGACGUCAGUGCCGAGGGAUACACAUCGACCGCCAUCGCAGUUGCCAUAUCCUUCUCGGUCGGCGUGUACUGUCUCGUCUUGGGCCUGCUCAAACUCGGCUUUCUCCUAGAGCUCGUCUCGCAUCCCGUGCUCACCGGCUUCAUCUCCGCCGCAGCAAUAACCAUCAUCGUCGGCCAGGUCCCCGCCAUCUUCGGCGAGACCGACGUCGGCAGCGGCGUUGCGAACCAGAUCCACGACAUCUUCGCCAAACUCCCCCGGACCAAGCCGGUGACUCUCGUCGUCGGGAUCGUAGGCAUCCUCAUGCUCGUCGCGAUGCAAGUCUUGGGCCAGCGGUACGGCAAGAGGAGCAAAGUAAUGUGGAUCGUCUCCAUCGGCCGGAACGCCAUCACCAUCCUCCUCUUCACGGUCAUCAGCUUCGUCGCCAACCGGAACAUCCAGACGCCCAUCUUCGCCCUCACGGGGAAGAUUCCGGCCGGGCUCCUCCCGCCCCGGGCGCCGGAUAUGGCGCUGGUAGGCCGGGUCUUCUCGCCCAGCCUGGCCGUCUUCCUCGCGGCCGCGCUGGAGCACAUCGCCAUCGCGAAGUCGUUCGGCCGGAAGAAUCACUACGCGAUCGAUCCAAGCCAGGAACUCACAUUCCUCGGCGUCGCCAACGUGCUCAACAGCUUCAUGGGCGGCAUGGCUGUAGGCGGCGCCGCCUCACGUACUGCGGUCAAUUCGGAAUCGGGGGUCAAGUCGCCUCUGUAUGGGCUAUUCACGGCCGGGACGGUCCUCGUCUCCAUCUACGCCCUGACCGGGGCGCUCUUCUGGAUCCCAAAGGCCACCCUAUCGGCCGUCAUCAUCGUAGCCGUGUGGUCCAUCGUCGCCUCCCCUUCCGUGUUCGUCGGCUAUUGGAACGUGUCGCUGGUCGACUUUACGGCGUCGCAGAUCGCCUUCUGGGUCACCCUCUUCGUCUCGGCCGAGAUGGGCAUCGAGCUCGCCACCGGCUUCAUGCUUCUGUGCACCAUCCUCCAGACUCUCUUCCUCAAAGGCCGAGGCCUGGACCCGCGAGACGAUCUCGCCACUUACUACCCCCGGCCGUCCGCCGACAGCGGCUGCGGCAUCGAUCACAUCCCAGCCGGGACUGCCGUGGUGAGGUUCAGCCACCCCAUCAUCUUCCUCAACGCCUCGCGCGCGAAAGCCUCCAUCCUCGACACCGUGCAGGCUUUCCAUUCGGGCGCGCCUGCACCAUCAUCAUUCUCGCGCAACAAAACGGAUCCCGACCGGCUCUGGAACGAGCUCGGCACUCAGCACAUUGCGCGCUUGAGAGAACGCUACGCCAACGACAACAAAAACAACAACAACAAAAAUAUUUCUCCUCCGCAUCUUUCCGACGCCGCCGACGAUGACCUGCCGCAGAUCAGGCUCCUGGUCAUCGAUUUCUCAUCCGUCAUCUAUAUUGACGAGACGGGCAUCCUCGCCUUGCAGGACACGCAGACCGAGCUGAAGGCCUACGCCGGCACCGAGGUCCCCAUCCGCUUCGUAGGCAUGAAGCAGCAUCUCGUCGGCAAGUUGGAGCGCGUGGGCUGGAACUUCUCACUUCCCUCUAUCUCCUCGCCACAGCCACAGCCCGGGGCCGUCGUGCUGUAUCAUGAUAUGCGAGAAGCCAUCACAUCGCCUCUAAAUAAGAAUAUCCCGGAACGCGGCUGCGAAAUCGGGGAUGGAAAAGAAGCGUCGAGUCUUGCAGAGAGUCAAGUUUAA